UCGCGCUUGCGCACUACGGCUCCUGCCCGCCGCCGCUGCCGGGUUCGGGAAGUGUCAAGCGGCUACUGGGUCCCCCGCAUUCGCCCGGACCGCCGCGGACCCCGGAGCCUGUCGUCGGCCCCGGGCCCUGCCGCCAUGACGAACGUGUACUCCUUGGAUGGGAUUCUGGUGUUUGGUUUGCUCUUUGUUUGCACCUGUGCCUACUUCAAGAAAGUACCUCGUCUCAAAACCUGGCUGCUAUCUGAAAAGAAGGGAGUUUGGGGUGUGUUUUACAAAGCCGCUGUGAUUGGAACCAGACUGCAUGCUGCUGUGGCAAUUGCUUGUGUUGUAAUGGCCUUUUAUGUCCUGUUCAUAAAAUGAAUUCCAAAGUGUCAGUCUCAACAACUGCCAGUCAAGGGGACAAGAGUGAAGAACCAGUCGACAGCCAGGGCGCAGCCUAGAAGAGUUGAGAUAAAAUCCUCAUAGUCCCCAGGAUGACACUGCAGCACCUGCUCCUAACAUUUGUGGGGGAGAAUUCCUCAUGGUUACAUUAUUAUUUAUGCUACAGGGGAUCCCAGAAAGCCAGCUUCCUUUGGUCUGUGUAUGAAUCCUUGGCAGAGAGCAUAAAGCGCCCAGAUAAAUCACAUCAUCUGGUGAUAAGAUUGCAUACUUUCUGCUUAAAAGCCUGUUACCUGAUUUUGUUCUUCAGCUGUUCUUCAGAAUCUUUGUAAACUGAGGCUCCUUAAGGAAGGAUAUAGGUGUGUUCAAAACUUUUGAAAUGAGAGAGAAUUUACAGGAGAGAGAGAGAGAGAGAGAGAGAGAGAGAGAGAGAGAGACUGUGUGUUUGAUUGAUUUGGAUUUGGAACAUUGGGAGGAAAACAAGAGUUAGGCAGAUGCCAAGAAAUUUUCUGGCUUUGGAACUUGAUGCCCAUGUGGGAACAUGAGAGGCACAGUCCUCGCUGCUGGAAGAGAACAGAUGACAUGCUCUGCUGUGUGUGCUGGUAGCCUGUAAGCUAUGCGGAAAGAACCUGGGCCUUCAUAAGACUGGAAAUUACUUUCCUGUAAUGAGGCCAGAAGGGAAAAACUUAAAAAAACAAGCUUCACCAGUAUCCCCCCAAAGAUUACUUCAAUCAAUAUGAGGAAAAUGAAUCUACUCUUUAGUUCCUAAAGUUUUUUCAAGUUUUCUGAAUUACAGAGUUCUGAAUACUGUUAGUCAGUUUUAAAUGCCACCACUAGGGAAAGAGAAGGAAGGUAUUAAAAAAAAUAAUUGUCUAAUAUAUUUGCUUGUAGGGUAGUAGAAAUAAAUACACCUAGUAUAUUAAUUCACAUACUAGUAAAUUCAACUAGUAUAAGAAAGUAUUGUUAGAUAUUUUUCAAGAUACAAACUUAAUCUUUGUUUAAAUUGGUUUGUUAUGGCAAUUUUUGAUUACUUGUUUUUCUAAGUUACUUUUUUUUUUUUUUUUUUUUUUGAGGAGGCUUUGGAGCCACACCUGCCAGUUUGCAGGGGCUACUCCUGGUUUUGUGCUCAGGUGAUCACCACUCUUGGUGAUCAAAAGCCUGAGUAUAUGUGGUGCUGGCAAAUCGAAUUGGAGUCAGUGGCAUGCAGGACAAGCGCCUUAACCCCUGUACUAUCUCUCUGACCCCUAGGCCAACUCUUAGUUCUCUUCGAUGACAAUACUCUUUAAGAGCUGUUGGAAAUGGAAAUUCUGUUUGUUUUAAGAACAUGAAAUAAUCAGACUGAGUAAGAGAAGUCACUGUUAUUUUUAUUUUUUUUUCCUUUUUGGGUCACACCUGGCGAUCCACAGAGGUUAACUCCUGGCUCUGCACUCAGGAACUCCUGGGGGACUGUGUGGGAUCCUGGGAAUCGAACCUGGGUCGGCCUCAUGCAAGGCAAAUGCCCUACCCACUGUGCUGUCGCUCCAGCCCCAGAAGUCACUGCUAUUCAUAGGCAUGAUUGCACAGGUCAUAAAAUCCAUUAAUAAAACAAGGAUAGAGGUAAAUAGAGGUUUGCAACUGAGAUUGAAACAUAUUUGUCCAAAGAAUAUGAUAACUUCCAGACAACUCACUUUAGAAGGUAAGACUUCUCCAUUUCUUCUUAUAUUUGCAAGACGUUACAUUUACAAAACCUAGAAUUUUGUUUUAGUUUUUUUUUUUUUUUAGGGGGGCACACCUGGUCAGAGCUUAUUCCUGGCUUUGCACUCAGGGAUCACUCCUGGCGGGCUCAGGGGACCGUAUGAGGUACGAGAAUCAAACCCAGCUCAGCCAUGUGCAAGGCAUGUGUCCUACCCACUGUACCAUCUCUCCAGCCCUUAAAACCUAGGAUUUUUUUUAAAGAGUUGGUUUCAUAUCAGAUUAUGAGAAUAAAACGUAGACACAGGUCUGCCAAUAAAGUUACUGUCCACUAAAGUAAAACUUGACCGAGGACUGUUAGCUGCGGUUAGUACUUGUGGCAAUAAAAAAACUGGUCCAAAGUUUAGAUUCUGACAUAGGCAGUUUAGUGCCUUGAGGGUUUCUAGUAGCAUAGAAAGUCACCAAGUAAACACUACAUGUUUAGUCAUCUCCAAGCUGUGGGUGUUGGCUCUUCAGGAAUUGAUCCACAGGGUAAAAUUGCCACAAUUCACUGUUUUCCAUGGUCAUGUCUAAGGAUCUUUCACAUGAGAGAAAGGAAGUUGAGUGGGAUGGAAAGAGUUACACCUAGUGGGUGUAAGUUUGGGACUUGAUGGCUAAAGGGAAUGUAACCCCCAAAAAAUACAGGUUUUGCAUUUAUUUUGUAGCUUUAAAGACUUUCAUUUUCUAAUAGAGUGAUGUCAUUAAGCUGAUGCUUAGGGCUGUUUGAUAUUUUAAAUGGACACCAUUUCACAGUUCUAGUUGUUCAAACCAACUUCUUCAAGCUUCUUGGGUUAUCAUGACUUAAACUAUUGAAUUGUUAAUUUUUAAGAUGUUUUCAUACCAAACUAUCAAAAAGUGCACAGAGUAAAGGUAAUAUGCAGCAGGAAAUUUUCAUUUCUUGACUUUAUGUAAACAGAUAAACUGUUUCAACUCAUUACUUCGAUGUGUCAUAUAUUUUUGACUGAAAGUAUAGGAAGUUGUUCCUUUGGGGGAGUCUUUUAGGAGUAGAGGAAUGGGGACAGCAAUAAUGCUCUGGAUUCAAACUGGCAUCACCAUAAACCUUGCAUGCCAGGGUAGAAUGAAGUGAGCAUUUUAUAGUUGAAAUACAAUUUUUAUUCCUCAUUGUCUGUACAAAUCCUUGAAAAUAAAAAUCUGUUUUCCCUA